CUACAUGUUACUGAAUUAUAGGGUGUACUUAUUUUUCCCCAGCUGAAUUUUGGUUUACUUUUUGGGGAAAAUGACUACAUAUUGAAAUCUGUUGUUUUUUGUACUUGUUGUCACCUUAGGUUAUUUGUUUGUUUAUAAAAGCUGGUGAGGACCAUGUAAUUGUUAUUUAGGCCCUGAUAAAUAAAAAUAUAGAAUUGAAGGCGGGUGUACUUACUUCCCAAGACUGUAUACAUAGUGUAGUUCAUUCUGAGAAUGAAUUAGGAAACUCAGAAGUAAAACCUUGUUGUUUCUUUGCUUGUUAAUUAGGAGUUGUUAAAGAAGGUUUAGUCUGGGUAUUAGAAUUUAUAUACUUUAUUAUAGUCUAGAUAUAAAAUAUAUACACACCUGCAGGAAACAAUAUACCCGCAAUAAUGUUUCUGGAACUUUCCAGCGAUCAUAUUCUACAGUCCACAGAACUGUGGGUAUGAUUGGUCAGUAAAUAUUUCCCCCAUUACUAAUGGCUAUUGUGGUCAAUAAUGGUAAAUGACACUUAAGUCAUAUUUUCCUUUCAGCUGCAUGUAAGAGUGUCACAAUGUGUCAGACUUCUUGUGUUGUUACACGACAGUUGUAUACACGCCCCUGUGCUUUCUCCGACCAAAUUGUGGCUUGGGGGCUGAGUGUGUAGGGGGAGAUGGAAAUGAAAGUGAGUUAUAAGGUGUGUAAUCUUUAGUGUUAGCCAGAACCUCUCCAGUCAGCAUUCAACUUCACAAUGAACCUGCUCUAUCCACUCUUCUUCUGCAUGGUGUUCUGCCUCUGUGCCAGAGAAACAGUGAGUUGGCCCAGCUUUUGCUGCUUGAAAAAAACUCAACAUAAAGGACUGCCUGUGAAAAAUGUUGCCGAUUGUAAAGUCCAGCGUUCAGGACUUUGCCCCUUUGAUGCAAUCAUGAUCAAGACCCAUAAAGGACGGAAACUCUGUUAUGAUCUAAAGGCAGAGUGGGUUAUUAAAAAUGUUGUGAUGAACGGAAAAGACUCUUGUGAGGUGACCAUUCCACAGAACAACCCCUAUACCACUCAUAAGGCUUAUACUAAUGGUUCUUCAGUUAAGACUACUAUAACAUUGGACUAAACUAGUAGGUCUGGUUGGCCUAGACUUAGUUGGAUAAUAUAGACUGUUUGUAAUCUAGUACAACUUAUUUCUUUAUGUGUUAUUAUGUCUUUUUUGUGUAUACUGUAAAUAAUAUGUAGUCCUCAGAAUUUGCAAAGUAUGUCAUGUACCAAUGUCACUUAAACGAACCUAUGUCUAAUACAUGACCUUUAAAAAAAUACCACAACAUCUGUAAUGAAGGUUGUAAUAUUUUUAUGAUGAAAUACAAAUUAUUUUGAAUACAUUUAGCAAUUUUGUUAGGAACACAUAACUAACACUUGAAUGUGACUCCAUAUAGAUAGUAUACACAGUAUAUCCAUUAAUGUAAUACUAUCUAUAGAUUGCAAAUGCUAUAUAUAGUACAUUAGUCACAAUUUUACUCUGUAAUUAUUAUUUAGAAGUACUGAAUUCAAUAAUAAUAAUUUAAAUAUUUAAUAUCAGUAUGUAGAAUCUCAGUUAAGAGACUUGUUACUAUUUCAAGACUUACUUGUUACUUUCUACUUCAUAUAUUGCACACACUUUUGAUUGUGUAAUCAUGAUGACUUUUUAACUGUUCUGCACAUCAUACUUUACAUUCUGCUAUUCGGGAACAACGGAGUUUAAUUUUGAGGAUUAAUAAAAUGUAUC